AUAUUUGCAGGACAACGGUGCCUCUACCGAACUCUCUGCCGCUCCUCCGCCACCGUCGCUGCCCCACCGCCCGUCGAGGUCGAGUUUCGUGUGGAUCGCGCAAGGAACGCUUUCUCGUUUUGUUGCAAUGCCAGACGCGUGCUCCGCGGUCGGGUGUUCCAAGCGAAGAGGGAAAGAGAGUGGAGCGCGGUUCUUCCGGUUUCCGUCGUCCAAGACGCACAAGAACCAACGGAAGAAGUGGAUCGCGGCUCUCCGGCGUGUAAACCCCGACGGUACGCCGUGGCAGCCGACGCGCAACGCUCGGAUAUGCGGCGCGCAUUUCCACACAGGUGAACCAGCACGGCUGUCGACUCACCCAGAUCAUGUGCCAUCAAUCUUAAAUGGCUGCCCAGCUCGGGAUGGAAUCAUGCGCUGGCACAAGCGGGCUGACCUUCGCGGAAAGCGUGGUUUGUACCGUAGUCACGAGAUCCAGUCAUCUUUUAUUUAUCCUAAAAGUCAAAUUUAAAUACAUGUGCAUGCUUGGUCAAUUAACAGCCUGUUUUGAAGCUGAUAGGUCAAAUGCUGUAUAAACUGUUCUUUUCAUAGAUUCAGUUUACCAUUUUUGGUGCUAUUCUACUUGACAGUCCUAGCUGCCAUUCAUCAGCCUGGAGCUGCCGUCUGUCUACCGGAAGCAGAAGGUAUGUUUGUGGUACUUUCAGCUUCCAGCAGAGGAGACUCAAUGAAUGAAGAUGUCGACGAUGCAGGCAUAAGUUGUACAGCUUUCGCAACUGAUAACAGACUUCAAAAUGGAGACGAUGCAGGCACCAGUCGUAGAGCUGCUCCACACGACUUCAGACCACAGAACGAAGCUGCCGACGCACUCCUUCUGCUCUCCUCGGGUAGUCGGGAGAAAUGUUUGCUCCAAGAACAUGUACAGUCAGCAACCGACAGUGCUCCUGCCAUGGAGGUCGUCAAAAGCCUUGCAGCACUCUUGAAGGACUCUGCAGCUUGUCUUGUCGAGAAGGAGGACGGACAAGACCGAGCGACGUAUCCGGUGAUGCGGACCGACGAGGACUCAAGUGCAACAACUGUGGUGUUGGAGGACCACUCUUUUGAGGUGACGGAUAUUCUGGCUGGUACAGCGCUCGUUCUUGCACUGUACUGGGUCCAUGACAUUUCCUACCGUCCAAAAGCAAGCCGUUCACUUGCAGUGAUCGGGCACUUCAUUGGUUUGAAGUACAAGAUAAAGUCCAUCUUGGCUUUGGAUCUUAUUACAAAGUUAGAAACUUGUUAGAGAGAGUAAA